AUGGAUAUUUCGCCUCCGCUCACCAGCAACCUGCCUGAUAUAGUGUCCAAGGAUAACUUGAAUGGGAAAAAGCGGAUUCUGGAUCUCAAUGCCUGGUUGGAUGGUUUGAAACCAGAAAUAAAAGUUUGGGAGGAUGAAGGAGAGGAUGACGAUGAUAGCACACAGAGAGACGAAGAUUCAAACUACGAUUCGGAUUCAGGAGAAUCUUCAGUCACCGUCACCAGCGUCGUGAGCAACAAGAGUUUCUCAGUCAGUCUUGCAGAUCUGUGUAACUUCGCUGGUGAAGUGUAUGACUCGGAGAACGACAGCGAUGAGUGGCAGUCGACGGGCCGGCGCUCUGUCUCUUUGAGCUCGGACAUCUCUGGCUUUUCUUAUGUGUCUGUGCUGCCCACCGAGGAGCUGGACAAACUCAUACAAGACGUCAAGAGCAUUGGAGACAACAACCUGCAGGACUAUGAGGAUGUGCGCGUGGUUGUUCUGCACAAAGACAUCGGUGUGGGACUGGGCUUCAGUUUGGCUGGAGGAGUGGAUCAGAACAAACCAGUUACUGUCCACAAAGUCUUUCACUCCGGUGUGGCGGCUCAGGAAGCCUCCAUAAAGGAAGGGGACCAGGUUUUGUCUAUAAAUGGGAGUGCGCUGAGCGGCUGUACCCACUGGGAGGCGCUGCGGGUGCUGCGGCGGGCUAAGGGCCGAGAGAUGGGGGUGGUGGUGCUGAAGAAGCCCGAUGUGAGAGUCCUGUCCAAAGAAAAGGCCUCAGCCCCAGAUUUGACCCCACCGCAGAUCAGUGAGACCGGUCAGCGCGUCACUGUGAGUUUGGAGAAGAGCAACAGAGACCUGGGUUUCAGCCUGGAGGGCGGCGUCGGCUCCAGUCUCGGCAACAAACCACUGUCUGUUCAGAAGAUCUUCCAAGGUGGUCCAUUUGAGAAGGUGCUCCCGGGUGAUGAAGUUCUGGAGGUGAACGGUGUGAGUGUGGUGGGCAUGCGGCGUCUGGAGGCCUGGACUCUGAUCCGCAAACUGCCCCCUGGUCCAGUCAGUGUGGUGCUGCGGCGAAACCCUCACAUGACAUAA